AUGGGUACCCUCGCCGCGUCGAGUCGGACCCGAAUGCACGACAGAAACAGCAACAAGCGCCAGGCCGACCCACCCGAAUUAACGCCGAAGAAAUCGAAACCGACGCCCACAACUUCGAGCGCUUCUUCGUCUUCCCAAGUCACGGCCGGGAAACUCAACGCACCAGACGACAAUGAGGCCGCCAAAUUACUGAUGGACCAUCUGAAGCCAGUACUCAAGGAGCUUUGGGAUCUCGACGAAGCCAACCACUUCCAUAAGUUUCGCAAGCCGAACGCUGUGUCCGAAACGGUUGAUGCGCUAAUCAUCAAGGAGCCGAUGGAUUUGUCGAUAAUCCGCAUGAAACUGAAGUCUGGCUGCUACACGACGCCGUGGCGCUUCUGCGAGGAUUUUUGGCUGAUGUGGGACAAUUCGUGGCUGGCAAACCGCAAAGGAUCAAACAUGUACAAGCUGACUUCGCAGCUCGACAAGGCCUUCACCGAUCUGAUGGGCCCCGUCAUGGAACGCCUAGGAUAUUGUUGUGCAAAUCGCCUCUCAUACACGGGACUGGCAAUCGAAUGUGAUGGACGGACGCGCUGCCGGAUUCGCUGGGACACUCCUUAUAUGACUUGCAUAAUGCCCGGAUUGCCAGCCAGCCUCGCCAAGAAGGAACGAUGGAAUUUCUGUGUUCCGUGCUUCAACACAAUGCCGGCGGGCGGCAUUCGAGCAUCCGAGAGUGACCCGCGGAUUAUACGAAAGGAAAACUUUGAGAAAACGAGAAACGCCGAGCUCGUGCCCGAGCCCUUUGAAGUCUGCAAGCUAUGUGCAAGGAGCUGGCAUCGCAUCUGCGCCAACUACGAUAGCAAGGUGUACUCCGAUGGCUUUACCUGCCCGACCUGUCGCCGGGAAAGAGCCAUUCCGAAGCCAAUCAACAAGUUCACUGCCCGGCAACUCCCCGAAUCCGAGCUCAGCAAGCACAUCGAGCUGCGCGUCAAGACAUUUUUGGCCGAGAAAAAGUCUGGCGCUGAUGUGAUCAUCCGCGUCCAUUCUGUGCAAGAUACGAAGCUGGUGCUCAAGGAGGAAUUGGUUGCAAAAUAUGGCCAUCGGGGACUACCUGCCAAAAUUCCCUACAGAUCUAAGUCGAUCUUCGCCUACCAGACGAUCGACGGCGACGAGGUGUGCUUUUUCGCCUUCUACGUCCAGGAAUACAACGAGAAUUCGGGCGCCAAUAAUCAAAGGCGCAUUUACAUCGCCUACCUGGACUCGGUGAACGUGUUCCGGCCACGCGCUCUCCGCACUGGCGUCUACCAGCAGAUCCUCCUCGGCUAUCUGGAGUACGCGAAGCAGCUCGGCUACAUCAUGGCGCAUAUCUGGGCGGCACCCCCGGGAAAUGGCGACGACUACAUCUUCCACUGCCACCCGCCCUCCCAACAAAUGCCGACAAACAAAAGGCUUCAGAGCUGGUAUCGGCGAUUGCUCGAAAAAGGCAAGAAAACUGGGAUCGUGGUCGGCGUCAGAGACGUGUUGGCACAGGCAAUCGCUGACGAUGUUCUAUCGCCGAUAGAAAUGCCGCUUUUCGAUGGUGAUUUCUUACCGGACGUUAUACAAUACUGCAUCGAUCCCGAGAAGGAGACUGCCGACCCUAAAGCUGUUGUGCAGAAGAAACGGAACAAGAAAAAGCCGUCCAAGAAGACCAAACCGGGCCAAGCCAUCGACCGCCUGUACGCCCGGCUCCAGAAGCACAAGGACGACUUCUUCGUCGUGCGCCUGCGGCCGGAAGACGAGAAGCUCGUGCCGACCAUCAACGAUCCGGACCCGGCGACCGAGCGCAACCUGGUGGACUGGCGAGAAAAUUUCCUGCACCACGCGCGCGACCACCACUGGGAGUUUAGCAGCUUGAGAAGGGCCAAAUACUCUACGCUGUGCCUCGGCCAUGCGCUGCACACGGGCACCGGUCGUUUGUCCGAAUUCACGUGCGACGUCUGCCAAGCAGCCGCCACGUGGCACUGCUACGAUUGCAAGGACUUUGAUCUUUGCGACGCGUGCCGAAAGACGGUUCACCACCCGCACGCGCUGGUCAAGAUUGAUAGCAACAACAACAAUGAGGAAUUAAGCCCGGCCGCCCUUAACAGCCUCGCAAUACUCGAGCAUGGCAGCAGCUGCAAAACUGUCCCCUGUACUCGAUGCGGAUCGGUGAAGGAAUUCAUUGAGCAUGGAAAGCGCUGCCCGAAACGCUCAACGUGCUACGUCUGCAUGAACAUCCUGCAGCUGUGCGUGUUGCAUGCGAAGCGCUGCAAGACUCCAGAUUGCCAGGUCUACCACUGCUCGUACAUCAAAGACAAGCAACGACGAAUGAGGGAGGCAAAUUCGCGCACGAUUACGGAUGACCUUAUCCCA